AAGGAAUUUUAUGUCGUCCUGUAAGCAAAGUUAAGAAAGCAUUCACAAGUGAAGUUUGCUCGCCUGAGAUUAGUGGAGAUGAAAACGGGGUACGUGUAAGAUAUGUACCUGUCCUGCCGUUCCGCUCCGAUGAGGCUCUGAACAUUCGUGAUAAAAUAGUCGAUGAAGUUGAACGAUUCAGAAGAGCGGAGAUGAAGAAAAAAGGAAAGCAUUUGCGCAGUUGUCCUGAUAAAAGAAUUACUGUGAACACUUACGAAAGAAAGUACGAAGAACUCAAAGGAAUAAUUCCUAAGCCUUCUGACACAUAUCCUAUCUGGGCUCUUCGUGAGCAUAUUGAAAGACAAUAG